AUGGCCGGGGCCGAGCCGGUGCCGCGGCAGCGAUGGCUCCCGCCGGCUGCUCUCGCUGGGACGGAGGCGGCUGCUCCGUGCCCGCGACACUUCCCGGCCGUGCGGCAGCGGGCUCGGGGCCGCUGCUCGGGCGGGCGGGAGGUGUCCGUGCCCGGCUCGGGGCUGGCACGGCACGAACCUGAACGCGCCUCGGAGCCCAAAGCGCUGCAGGCGCCGAGCGCGGGCAGCAAGCGCCGCAUCCUGCGGGCUCCGGGGCCGAGGCUUCUCUGCCCUCUGUGCCAGGAGGCGCCCCGUGUUCGCAGUGUGAGGAAGCCCCUGGCUGCCCAGGGCACAUCAGCAACCGGCAAGAAACACAAAAGGGACCUCAGCAGAUUCCUGGGUGAACGGCUCAGGCGCCAUCCCGUGGGCACGGCGCUGCUGAUCCUGCUGCUGCUGCUGCUGCUGCUGGCUCUGCUGGUGGCCUUGGCUGUGCUGGCAGCUCCGCAGGCUCCAGUGACAGCUGCCACUCCACAGUGUGUUCUGGGCUGUCCCCCUGACUGGAUUGGGCACAAGGGGGUCUGCUACUACUUCUCAAGGGAUUACGGCACCUGGGAGCAGGGUCAGGAACGCUGCUCCGAGCUGAACGCCUCCCUGGCCAUUGCCAAGGAUGAGGAGGCCAUGGAUUUGCUCUUCCGCCUCCGCGGGAACGGCGAUUACUGGCUCGGGCUGCGCAGACGGGGCCAGCGCCUGCACUGGGGGGACGGCAGCAGCUACAGCUCCCGGGUUCCUGUCUUUGGCGAUGCCGAGUGCGUGUACCUGGCUGACGAGAGAUUCAGGAGCGAGAACUGCUCAAAUCCGCGGCCGUAUGUCUGCAGCAAGGCCCAAGCUCCCCUGUGACGGGGGCUGCAGAAAGGACCUUCUCCAUGCUGGGCAGUGCCAGCUUCCCCUCUCAGCCCAGCCCAGGGCUGUCCUUCCUCAGCUGCACCCUGUGCCUUGCACUGCCUCUCAGGGUCACCUCAGUGCCUGUCCAUCCCCAGAGCCAGCGCUGGGCUGGGGCUGCAAAGGAAACGUCUCUGCAAUCCAUCCUGCCACCCAUGCUGCCUGCAGGGAGUGCACUGCCCUCAUGACACAACCAGCUCCCAUGGGAAAUCCAAAUCGCCCUGGCCUCUUGGAAAUCAUCA